GAGAAAGAGUGGGUGAGCAAAAGAGUGAAACAGUUCAGACGACUGGAUAAGGAAGUAGUGAUGAGCGCAUGGGUGUGGUUGGUUAGCCGUUAACCCAUCGGCCCGAAGUCACAUACAGAGAAAGCGAUCGUGGAUGAUGAGGCUGUGGAUAAAUCUCUGGACCCAAGCACCUCACAGGAUGGAUACCAAGAUUUAUUUGGCUUCCUUGACCUUUUUCCUGUUUGUCAUGCUUAAAGUGUCAAGGGCUCAGACUCCCACACCCACAGAUCAAGUGAAGACUGUGAGCAGCAAUAUGGAAAACUUGACAACAACGCUUUUUGCUGUGACUCCCACUGGAAAAAGAGUCACCAGAGAUGCUGACUCCGACCUCAAAACUUUACCCAAUGAACAAACCACAAACCAGCACACUGGCACUAGCAACCCUGUGAAAGUUAUCAACGCUACAUCAGAAAUUAAGACUUCAACAGCUCCCAAAGUGAAAACAACACAGCCACAAACAGAGCUCACAUCCACCCCAGAAUCAUCUACAGUGGCAUCCUUCCAAUCCAAAACUGAGAAAACCACCCGAAUCAAGACCCAUGGAGCUGUUGCCUGGGAUGCAAAGUGGGACAAAGAUUUCACCUAUGAUUAUGAGUCCCUGCGCCACGCUGGAUUGGUCAUUGCAGCAUUCCUCUUCAUCCUGGGCAUAAUGGUCAUUAGCUGUGGGAAGGUCUGUCGGGUGCCCAGGUGUCACAAGAGGUCAUCAAAGUCAUAUCGAGUGGUCCAAGGAUAAAGAGAGGGAGCAUGUUUACAGUGACACAAGGACAGACACCUGCAAGUAACCAGCCAGGAGUCCAUAAGGACAAAAACAGUCAGCCAGCAACUGGCAAUGUGUGUAUGUGCCAUGUGAAUCAUCACCUGUCUAAUCUUUGUCAAUGUUAUUUCUAUGCUCUGUAAAAGUGCACUAAAAAAGUAAAGUGAUUAUUUAUCUUGGCAAA